UCUCCUUCCUCCCGCUUUCUCUCUCUAGAACCCCCACCACCUUCGCUUUCUCUCUCUAGAAUCCUUCCCCCGCCCUCUCCCGCCUCCGAUUCUCGGCAGCUCCUCCGCCGCCGCCGGCCGCCCUCGCCUCCCUCUUCCCGCCCUCCAAAACCCCAGCUCGCCGCGCCACCGCGCCGCCGCCGAGUCCUCGCCGCCGAUCUUCGGCCCCGAUGUCCGAUCACGCGGCCCCCAAGCAGCCGCCGCCGCCGCGCCAGGCCCCGGCCCAGCCGAAGCCGCCGGGCCCCCCCGUCGUCGACCGCCACCAGUUCCCCUUCUCCUCCGUGGCGAAGCCGCCUUUCGUCGCUCCCCCCGACUACCACCGCUUCUCCCCCGAGGCCCCGCGCCGGGUCGCUGAUCACGAGGCCGACGCCCUGCUGGUUCGAUCCCCGCAACUGAAGCGGAAAAGUGACAUGGUAGAUGGCAAGGCAGAGCAAAAUGAUUGGUCAGCUGGAGCUGGUUAUGCUGAGGUUGUUAGUAGUCCCGUUCAGACGCCUGUAUCAGGAAAAACAGCUAAGGGAAAUAAAACUUCAAGGAUCUCAAAGAACAAUAGAUUAGGACCUCAGACUCCUAUAUCAAAUGCUGGUUCUCCAUCUGGCAAUAAUCUUACUCCGGCGGGUCCAUGUCGUUAUGACAGCUCUCUAGGUCUUUUAACAAAGAAGUUUAUCAACUUGAUAAAGCGUGCUGAAGAUGGUGUUCUUGAUCUAAAUAAAGCUGCUGAGACUUUAGAGGUGCAAAAGAGGCGAAUAUAUGACAUAACAAAUGUCCUUGAAGGCAUUGGGCUCAUUGAGAAGAAACUAAAGAACAGGAUCCAGUGGAAGGGACUGGAGGCUUCAAGGCCAGGGGAGAUUGACGAAAGUGUCACAAGCUUACAGGCACAAGUUGAAAGCCUUGGGGUGGAGGAACAGAGGCUGGAUGAACAAAUAAGAGAAAUGCAGGAGAGAUUGAGGGAUCUCAGCGAAGAUGAUAACAAUAAAAGGUUGCUUUUUAUUACUGAAGAUGACAUCAAGGCUUUACCAUGCUUCCAGAAUGAAACUCUCAUUGCGAUAAAAGCUCCCCAUGGUACAACUCUGGAAGUUCCAGAUCCUGAUGAGGCGGUUGACUAUCCCCAAAGAAGAUAUAGGAUUGUCCUUAGAAGCACAAUGGGUCCUAUAGACGUUUAUCUUGUCAGUCAAUUUGAAGAGAGAUUUGAGGAGAUUAAUGGUGGCGAGGCUACUCCAAGCAUUCAACCUAGAGUUAACGAGAAACCAGUGACAACUAUGGCCCAGGAAGACUGCAGCAGACCGGAGAAUGAAAUGCCAGGCCAACUUGCUGACAUAGCAUACUCAGAUUUUAGUACCUCCCAAGACAUUGUGGGUGGAUUUAUGAAGAUUGUUCCCUCGGAUGUCGAUAGCGUUGCAGAUUAUUGGCUCUUAUCAGACGCAGAUGUUAGCAUCACAGACAUAUGGAGGGCAGAGUCUGGAGUUCAGUGGAAUGGCUUGGGUUCACUUCAUGAUGACUACGGCAUGGCUAAUGUCAGUACCCCUCGGGCCCAAACACCACCAUCCAAUACGACAGAAGUACCUGCCGCCACUUCUCCGGCAGGAUGAAAGGCAUCAACUGUUUUGGUAUUCAUGGACAUGUUUCACAUCCGAAACAAUGACAUCUCAUCGUCUCCUGGACAUGUUCUGUCAUGGAGAUUGCCAGGUUCAACAGUUUGAUGGAGGCAGCAAAUUCCAUUCACCUCAUCCCUCGGAGUGCUAUAGGGAAAUCCGCUCGGUAUAUUAUACCCGGAGGUGACAAUAGUUGAGGAGGUUUAUGUACAGAUUAGCCUGCAUAAUCUCAUGUGAUUUGCGAGCAUGUAAUAAAGCGCACAUAUUUUUAGGCGUAUAUCCAUGUAUAUUAUUCCAUGUCGUGGUUUAUUAAGUGAAGCAUCAGAUCACUCUCCAGCUCUUCAAGAAA